GAAAUUUCUAGCUUUGAGGAACUUUAAACAACACUUAAAUGUGCAGCAUAAUCAAAUUGAACAUCAAAAAAUUAUAACAAAUUCAUUCAAUAUGUUUUUUUUUUUACAUUUACCCAAGUAUAAAAAAAAUCCCCAAAUUGAACACCUAAAUAGCAACAUCAAAAUUCUGUUAGCAAACAUUGUAUGUCAAAAAUUUUAAAGUAAAAGAAACCGCAUUUCAAAAUCAUUAUAACAUGAGUCAGAUUGGCAUAGCAGCGGGUGUUGCCGGCACACUUUUUCUCGGCUAUUGCAUUUAUUUCGAUAGGAAACGACGUGCCGAUCCCGAAUACAAAAUGAAAGUGCACGAGCGUCGAAGGCGCACUCGUAAAUAUCAAAAUGCGGUACGAAAUGCAAGUCUGAAUGAUUGCGAAGCGCUGCACCGCUAUUUCGCACAGGAAAUCAAUUUGGGUGAAACACUAAUUGGGCGUGGCGAAUUCGAGAAUGGUGUGGUGCACUUCGUUAAUGCUUUGGGAGUUUGCGAACAGCCGACGCGUAUACUGGGCUUCUUUCAAGCCACACUCUCGCCGCAGAUAUUUGCCAUGCUGAUUAUUAAGCUGCAGGAAUUUAGUAAUCGCGCGAAUGCCGAAAUGAAUGGCAUACCGAAAAUAGUUAGCGCCAAUUCAAUUGACAGUGCUGAUAAACCGGUUUGUUUUGUUGACGGUUCGCCGAGUACAAUUUUGAUAGAUGAUCUGGAAUAGCUGUUGUGAAUACGAGACUUU